AAGAUGGCGCUCGGGGCCUCAUCAUCUGGUGCCGAGGCGCGCAGGCGCCGGGUAGCGCGAUUAUGACGCCGCCGCGCCAGGCACUGAGCACGGCCCCUGCACUAGAGCCGCCUGCAGCUCCGUCGGGUCCCGGCUCGGGAUUUCCUCCCUUCCCAGCAGGCGGGACGAUGAGGCUGCUGGCUGCCGGGAUCCUGCUGCUGGGCUGCUCGGCUCCCCUCUGCGCCGCCUUCUACCUGCCCGGCUUGGCCCCCGUCAGCUUCUGCGAGCCCGACGACGAGACCGUGGGCUGCCAGUCAAAAAUUGAGCUCUUUGUGAAUAGACUGGACUCAGUAGAAUCAGUUCUACCUUAUGAAUAUGAUGCUUUUGACUUCUGUCAAGAUGAGAAAGAAAAAAGGCCUUCAGAAAAUCUUGGACAAAUCCUGUUUGGAGAAAGAAUAGCAUCAUCACCAUAUAAGUUUACGUUUAACAGACCAGAAACAUGCAAGAUAGCUUGUACAAAAUCAUAUGACCCAGAAAAAAGUGAUGACAAAAAUAAACUGGCUUUCUUGAAGAAAGGAAUGCAAUUGAAUUAUCAACAUCACUGGAUUAUUGAUAAUAUGCCUGUAACAUGGUGUUACCAAGUGGAAGAUGAACACAAAUACUGUAAUCCGGGAUUUCCAAUAGGAUGUUUUAUUACUACAGAUGGCAGAGUUAAAGAUGCUUGCAUUAUUGAUUCUCAGUUUCACAAGUGGGACACUUUCUAUCUCUUCAACCAUGUUGACAUUACAAUCAUGUACCAUAGCGGGAAAGAUGAAAGCUGGCCUGGAGCAAGACUGGUAAUGGCAAGACUGGAUCCAAAAAGCUACAAACAUACAGAUAAAAACAAUUUAAAUUGUGGAGGUCCCCCUAUGGAGAUUCCUGGUAAAUUCACGAACAAACUGGAUUUGAUCUACACUUACUCUGUGAAAUUUGAAGAAAAUGAUAUAAAGUGGGCUUCCAGAUGGGACUACAUCUUGGAGUCUAUGCCACAUACCAACAUUCAGUGGUUUAGCAUAAUGAAUUCCCUCGUAAUUGUUCUCUUCUUAUCUGGCAUGGUGGCUAUGAUCAUACUGAGGACUCUUCAUAAAGAUAUUGCAAGAUACAACCAAAUUGACUCUUCUGAAGAUGCUCAAGAGGAAUUUGGUUGGAAGUUGGUUCAUGGAGAUGUAUUUAGACCUCCAAGGAAGGGAAUGCUGUUAUCUGUCUUCUUGGGUCAAGGAACGCAAAUUUUCAUUAUGACAUUUAUUACUCUAUUUCUAGCUUGCCUUGGCUUUCUUUCUCCUGCCAACCGAGGAGCUUUGAUGACCUGUGCAGUUGUACUGUGGGUCUUGCUGGGUACUCCUGCUGGUUAUGUAUCUGCUAGAAUGUAUAAAACAUUUCGAGGCGAAAAGUGGAAGACAAAUGUUUUGCUGACAGCUCUGUUGUGCCCUGGAAUUGUCUUUGCUGAUUUCUUCAUUAUGAAUCUGAUCCUGUGGGUGAAGGGAUCAUCAGCUGCCAUCCCCUUUGGUACACUGGUUGCUAUCCUGGCAAUGUGGUUUGGAAUUUCCGUCCCAUUAACCUUCAUUGGUGCAUAUUUUGGAUUCAAAGAAAAGCCUAUUGAACACCCAGUUCGUACAAACCAGAUUCCUCGUCAGAUCCCGGAGCAGUCGUUUUUCACAAAGCCGUUGCCUGGUAUCAUCAUGGGCGGCAUCUUGCCAUUUGGUUGUAUUUUUAUUCAGCUUUUUUUCAUUCUAAAUAGUAUUUGGUCCCAUCAAAUGUACUACAUGUUUGGUUUCCUGUUCUUAGUGUUUAUAAUUCUUCUUAUUACGUGUUCUGAGGCUACAGUCUUGCUGUGCUAUUUCCAUCUAUGUGCAGAGGAUUAUCAUUGGUGGUGGAGAUCGUUCUUAACGAGCAGCUUUACAGCCGUUUAUCUUUUCAUCUAUGCGGUUCAUUACUUCUUCUCUAAACUCCAAAUAACGGGAACAGCUAGUACCAUUUUAUACUUUGGGUAUACUAUGAUCAUGGUUUUGAUAUUUUUCCUUUUUACAGGGACGAUUGGAUUUUUUGCCUGCUUCUGGUUUGUUAGUAAGAUUUACAGUGUUGUGAAAGUGGACUGAAGAUUUUCAAAGUGUCUUUGGAACAUAUCUCCCUUGCUGUGAUAUAUUUUUACCAUGUAUUGAGAAACCUACUGCAUAAUUAUUUUUAAAUGUAAAAGCUGAACCUCCGCCUGUAUGGCAAAAAAUACAGGUUUUAUGGAUGGAAAUAGCAGCAUUGGAAAACAUUUACACCAGUCAUAUUGUUCCUGAAAAUGUUAAUCCAUUCUAAUCGUUUUUUAAAAACACCGUAUACAAAGUUUGAUUUAAAACAAAUGAAUGAUGCAAUGAAACCAGUUUAUUUUUUUUUAAAUAGUGCAUUAUAUAGUUUUCCAGCUGAAGUUUCUUGUCAUUUUUGUUACUUUUCUUUUUACUCUGACCAUCAAAGCAUAGGACUGUCCAGUAAAUACUAUGUAAAAAUGUGAAACUUUUUUAACUUAAAACUGAUUGUACAUAGUAUUGUGCACCUUCUUUACAGCUUGUUUAUCAUCGUACAAAGGAACAUGCAUUUAGUGUAAUGUAGAAUUUUAUUAAGGAUAUCAACACUGUUUUUCUUCAAAUAAAACUGCACAACUCUG